CACAUCGGGCUUUUCUUUUCUGUCCUGGUGUCUGGGUUGCCUGAAAUUGACUUUAACGAACUGGCAACCAUGAACUCCGCCACAGAUUUCCCUCCGUUCCAGCAGCGGCUGACCUCCUCGUUGGUCCAAGUGACGCGCACCGUUGGCCAGCUUUCCGCCGAAGAUGUCGACUUCCACCGAUCCUCGAACGCGGAGGUCUCGGACUCGUUGGACGAGCAGAGCAACCGGCUUCUUUCUUUAACCUCGACGCUGCUGAAGGCGGCCACUGCGGGCACGGAUGUGUCGGCGCCGACGCUGGAGGACGACGAUUCCCUCGAGGACAACUGGCGCGGCGUCGUGGAUGUGAUCGAUGCGCUGCUGGAGCGGGCGGAUGCCUGCCUGGAUGAGUUCACCGGCGUGAUCAAGAAACUGAGCCCCUCGCAGCAGGACCAGGCGGCCGUCGCCGCCGCCAAGGCCGCGAAGAGCAAGGCGGCCGCCGCCCGAUUCCCGACCGUCUACGACUACGGCCCGUCGAAGAUCCCCAAGCCCCAGCUGCUGUUCGAGCACCUGCCCGACAACACCGACACGUCGCCGUUCAAGCCGCUGCUGAAGUACAAGCCCCACGCGACGGUGUCGCUGGAGGAGUCGCUGAAGCGGAGCGAGACAGCCACGGGCUAUGUGCACCCGUAUGAGACGGAGAUCCGCGCGGCCAAAUUCCCGGCUUCGACUUAUACCGUCUCGCCGCCGCGGGAGUAUCAGCCGUGGGAGUCGACGACGGCGACCUUCGUGGAUACCCUGGAAGGUGUGCAGGAGAUGCUGGAGGAGCUGAAGGGCGCCAAGGAGAUCGCGAUCGAUUUGGAACAUCACGAUGUGCAUUCGUACCAGGGUCUGGUCUCGUUGAUGCAGAUCAGCACCCGGGACAAGGAUUGGGUGGUCGAUACGUUGAAGCCGUGGAGAGAGGACCUCCAGGUGCUGAACGAGGUCUUUGCCGACCCCAGUAUUCUCAAGGUUCUGCACGGUUCGUCCAUGGAUAUGAUCUGGCUCCAGCGCGAUUUGGGGCUGUAUGUCGUCAACAUGUUCGAUACGUAUCACGCCGCCUGCGCGCUGAACUACCCGAAGCGUAGUCUGAAGUUCUUGCUGCAGAAAUUCGUCAACUUCGAAGCCGACAAGAAAUAUCAAAUGGCCGACUGGCGCAUUCGUCCCAUCCCGGAAGGCAUGUUCGAUUACGCCCGCUCGGAUACUCAUUACCUGCUUUACGUGUAUGACCAUAUCCGCAACGAGCUCGUCGAGAGUUCGACCCCGGAUAACAACCUGGUCGAUUAUGUCAUGGAGCAGUCAAAGAAGGAAGCCCUGCAGAUCUACGAGCGUCCUGUCUACGACGCCGCAACCGGACAGGGACCUGGCGGCUGGUACGAUGUCCUGUCUCGCAACCAGAUCGUCAUCAACAAGGAGCAGUUCGCCGUGUUUAAGGCGGUGCACCAGUGGCGCGACCAGGUGGCGAGAGAGGAGGAUGAAGGUGUGCAGUGUGUGUUCCCAAAGCACGUGCUCUUCAGAGUGGCUCAGGCCAUGCCGACGGACCUGGGCACUCUGUACCGAACCCUGUCGCCUAUGACGCCGAUUGUCAAAGACCGGACAGAUGAUCUCCUGGAGAUCAUCAAAACGGCGAAGGUCGAGGGUGCUGACGGACCGGAGUGGCGCGAUGUCUACGUGAAGCCAUCCAAGAGCACGCCGGCAGCCUCCGCUGAAGGGGUGGCGGGAUUCUUGCCUGACCCUACCGCAGACGACACAGACCUCCCCACGGCGGCCCGCUACGAGAUUUCGCAAUUUUGGGGCGGCGUGCUCGACACGCAGUCCCCACUCCCAUCCCCCAAGAUCUCCGCGAUUGCUUCUGCCGAAGCUCUACGUCUGUCACUACCCCUCCCACCCAUGCCUAGAACGGUCUCCGAAGCUCGCGAGAAGUUCGGAGUAUCCACUCCCGCCGCCCAAGCUGCGUCCGCGAAACCCGUUGCGAGUUCGGCUCCACCGGCGGCAGCAGCGAAGCAGGAACCCGAGACCAGCGAAUCCGAGAACAAGUACUUCACCAUCAAGGAGAAGGGUGGCCCACGCAAGCGCAAGGUUACACCCGUCGUUGAGCCGCAGUCCGAAGACGCGGAGAGCACUAAGGCCGACGAGGUCAGCUCCGCGGCGGAUCUGGACCAGGACCUGAACGACAAGCCAACGAAGAAGCAACGGCGCAAGGAUAAGAAAAACAAGGCUGCUGCUGCUGCCGGCCAGACCGCGCAGGCUCAGCAGCAAGAGGAAGCGCCGUUCGACUACGAGGCUGCGGCUUCGAUGCUGAAUGCCAACCCCGCCGAGCAGGCCUCCAGACCCACGAGAAGGAAGCAAUUCAACCCCUACGCCAAGGCAUUGGAGGCUCCAUCUGGCGUCCGCAAGCAGAAGCGGGAGAUGGCCGGCCGAACCGCUACUUUCCGGUGAUUUGUCGUCUGAUCAGGUUUUUUUUUGAAGCUAGUACGGUACAUGCGAGGAGGAAGGGGGAACAAAAAAAGUUGGAGAAUGUGUGUUGUCGAGGCGGAGGGUGUUUUUACUAGAAUUCGAUUGUAUGCAUAGCGAUACCCGG